UCGUCGUCGACAGAGCAGCAAAAGAAGGAUCGCCGGUCGUCUAGUUAUCGUCAAGAAUACCGCCAAAAUGCAUCUUAUGUACACCCUGGACAAGGAGGGAAAGAGAGUCUACACUCUCAAGAAGGUCUACAACGGCGAAGUUUCCAAGUCGGCUCACCCCGCCCGUUUCUCCCCUGACGACAAGUACUCGAGACACCGGGUUACCCUGAAGAAGCGAUAUGGUCUUCUCUUGACCCAGCAGGCUGACAAGGAGGCUGCGAAGCUGUGAAGGCGUCAGUUGUUCGGUUUUAAACAUAGGAACAAAAAGGGUGUUCGAGCUGCUUUUGGCGCAUGGUGUUUAAUUGCAUGGUUCCCUGGCGAGAUGCCAAGGGUUUCUUUUUAAUGUUGGGCUUCUAAACCUUGCUUUCUCC